UACACGGUAGAGGCUCCAGUCCAGAUCGGAAAGCGCAAGAACACAAGAGCUAGCUACGAGCAGCGCACGCCCGGGAAAUCUCGACUUGGAGCGCUUUGCCAAGACGAAGCAGCUAAAGAUGUGCAGCCAUGGCCAUGCGGAGCCGGCGACGGCGUGCGUCACGUGCCCGCCGCCGUCGCAGGGGCGGCUCAUCACGGUGCUCAGCAUCGACGGCGGCGGCAUCCGCGGUCUCAUCCCCUCCACCAUCCUCGCCUGCCUCGAGUCCAAGCUCCAGGAGCUGGACGGGCCGGACGCGCGCAUCGCGGACUACUUCGACGUGAUCGCCGGGACGAGCACGGGCGCGCUGGUCACGUCCAUGCUGGCCGCGCCCGGCGAGAACAAGCGGCCGCUCUUCGAGGCCAAGGAAAUCAACAAGUUCUACCUCGACAACGGGCCCAAGAUCUUCCCCCAGAGGAGCUGGGGAUUGCUGACCCCGAUAGGGAACAUGUUCGGCGCCGUCAUGGGUCCCAAGUACGACGGCAAGUUCCUGCACGACAAGAUCAAGAGCCUCACCAACGACGUCACCGUCGCCGACACCGUCACCAACAUCAUCGUCCCGACGUUCGACGUUAAGUACCUGCAGCCGAUCAUCUUCAAUACCUAUGAGGCCAAGGUGGACCCGCUCAAGAACGCGCACCUCUCCGACAUCUGCAUCAGCACGUCCGCCGCGCCCACCUACUUCCCCGCGCACUACUUCACCACCCGCGACCCCGCGGGCAAGCUGCCGGACCGCGAGUAUCACCUCAUCGACGGCGGCGUGGCCGCCAACAACCCCACCAUGGCCGCCAUGUCCAUGAUCACCAAGGAGGUGCUGCGCCGCAACCCCGACUUCACGCACGGCAAGCCCGCCGAGUACGGCAACUACCUCAUCAUCUCCAUCGGCACGGGGUCCGCCAAAAUGGCCGAGAAGUACACCGCGCCCGAUUGCGCCAAGUGGGGCGUCCUCCGCUGGCUCUAUGACGGUGGCUUCACCCCGCUCAUCGACAUCUUCUCCCAUGCGAGCGCCGACAUGGUCGACAUCCACGCCGCCGUGCUGUUUCAGGCCCUCCGCAUCGAGAAGAACUACCUACGCAUCCAGGACGACUCGCUCACGGGACACACGUCCUCGGUCGAUAUCGCCACCAAAGAGAACAUGGAGGCGCUCAUCGGGAUCGGUAAGAAUCUUCUCAAGAAGAAUGUGUCCCGGGUGAACAUUGACACAGGGAUGUAUGAGUCCGUCGACGGCGAGGGCACCAACGAAGAGGCGCUCGCGCGCUUCGCCCGGAAACUCUCCGUCGAGCGUAAGCUGCGCCAAACCAACCUCAACUCUAAAUAAUAGAGAAGAGGUCGGUUCGAAAGAGAAGAGAGAUGAAGAAGCACCAUCUGCUAUGCUUGGAGAUGCAGACGGACGCGCGGCGGAAGAUACGCAAACCUUUGUUAUUUUAAUAAUUGUGCUUGUUAUAAUUAUGCUUUCGUGGACAAAAGUCGACGAAUGUUGAUUUGCAUCUCUGCCUAUGUUAGGUCGACCAACCGAGAGUUGUAAUAUAAUGUAAUGUGGGUGAGUAAUUAUUUUUCUAAAUAAAAUCUGGGUUGUUCUUCGGUACCA